ACAAACCAGAGAACAAGAAACACCGCCUGACUUUUUUUAUUUCUCGGACUAUGAAAGACAUAAUGCAGAAAUAGCAGCAUUUCAUUUGGACAGGAUCCUGGAUUUCCGUCGCGUGCCACCGGUUGCAGGUAGACUGGUUAACAUGACAAGAGAAAUACGAGAUGUUACUCGUGACAAGAAACUGUGGAGAACGUUUUUCAUCUCACCAGCCAACAACAUCUGCUUCUAUGGGGAAUGCUCCUACUACUGCUCGACUGAGCACGCCCUGUGUGGAAAACCAGAUCAGAUCGAAGGGUCUCUGGCUGCUUUCCUACCUGAUUUGUCUUUAGCUAAAAGGAAAACCUGGAGAAACCCUUGGAGACGUUCCUACCACAAGCGCAAGAAAGCAGAAUGGGAAGUUGAUCCAGAUUAUUGUGAAGAGGUUAAACAAACACCCCCGUACGACAGUGGGACCAGAAUUCUGGAUAUAAUGGAUAUGACAGUUUUUGAUUUCCUAAUGGGUAACAUGGAUCGACAUCACUACGAAACCUUUGAGAAGUUUGGAAAUGAAACAUUUAUUAUCCACUUAGAUAAUGGAAGAGGGUUUGGAAAAUAUUCCCACGACGAACUUUCCAUAUUGGUGCCUUUAAACCAGUGCUGCAGAAUAAGGAAGUCUACCUAUCUGCGAUUACAGUUGUUAGCCAAGGAGGAAUACAAACUCAGUCUCUUGAUGAAGGAAUCUUUACUAAAAGAUAAAAUCGCUCCCAUUCUCUACCAGCCUCACUUGGAGGCGAUGGACAGGCGGCUACGGAUUGUCCUCAAGGCUGUUAGUGACUGUAUAGAAAAGGAUGGUUAUGACAAUGUGGUUGAAAAUGACUUUAACACUGAUUUUAACACUGUUACAACCGAGAGGUAGUGAAAUCGCAAGACUACAUUUUUACCAGCCAAGUAAAGAAGAUUCAAAG